AGAGAGAAAGAGAGACUGUGUGAGUGUGUGUGUGUGCGUGCGUGUGUGUGUGCGCAUGUGUGUAUGUGUGUGUGGGAGAGAGAAAGAGAGAGAGAGCGAGAGAGAGAGGGGAGAAACAGGCCUCCACCCUGAGUAUUAGGGAAAUGGGAGUCUGUAUGAGGGAUAAAGCAGUGAGCCUCUGCAUCAUCUACAUCCCUGAAGCAAUGGAGAAAAGGAACGAGUGUAAGAUGAGGGGAGACUAUGUUUGGCCUGUAAAACUCUGUGUCUUCAGUGGAUCAAAUAAAUUACAUUAACACACAAACACACACACACACACACACACACACACACACACCUUGCAGUUCACACUAAAGUCUGUGCUCGUCUGCACUAGUUCUGUUCUUCCUCCAAACCACAUGGAGGCACUGCAGGGUUCUCCAGACAGCAGCAGUGAGGAAUGUACCGUUCUAGAGGCUUUUCCUGGCAAAGGAUCAGUUUGUGCUCAACACAAAGGAAAAGCUGUGGAGUUGUAUUGCCUGGCGUGUGAGAGUGCAGUGUGUGAGGAGUGUGUCCUGAGGGAACAUGCCGACCACCCGACUGACUCGCUGGAGAAAGUUGUGGAUCAACAGCGAACAGAUUUGCAGGAGAGAAUGAAUGCAGCUCAGAGAAGGCUUCCCCAGAUCAGAGACACGGUACAGAACCUAAAGGACCUCUUGCAGCAGCUAAGCACUCAGAAGAACUCUAUCGAGGAGGACAUCCACUCCUCCUUUAACGAGCUCCACAAGACCCUGGACACACGUAAGAGCGUCCUGCUCAUGGAGUUAGAGGUGACCUGUGGAUUAAAGCAGAAGGUUCUGCAGAAUCAGUUGGACACUCUGCUUAAAGACGAGGCUGAUAUCAGUAGAAGCUGUAGUCAGACUGGAGAGGCGUUGGAGGGGGCAAGUGAAGCUGCUGUUCUGCAGACUCAUAAAGACUUUGGAGAGCAUUUGAGCGAGCUGGCCAGUCAGGGCCUUCCUCUCCAACCUGAGGAGAACGAUCAGCUGGAGCUCAUUAUGGAAGUGGAAGGUCUUCGUAAAUCCAUCCACAACCUGGGCACCGUCAUCACCACCAAUGCGGUGGCCAGCCAGACCGAGGCUUCAGGAGAUGGUUUAGAGCAAUGCAUUGUUGGUCAGCCAACGUCCAUCCUCAUAACAACCAGAGACAAGUCAGGGGGCCUGUGUAAAUCGGGCAAUGCUCUCAUCUCAGGAGAAGUUUUCACACCUGAUGGUAGUGUCAUGGAUGGAGAGAUUUUGGACCAUAAGAAUGGCACCUAUGAGUUCCUGUACACAGUGUACAAGGAGGGAGACUUUAGUCUGGCGCUGAGGCUCUAUGAUCAGCACAUUAAGGGAAGCCCCUUCCAGUUGAGGGUCACCGGUUCUCCAGACGAUUCUCCCACCACUACAUCUGGAGCCAACGCCGCCUCCACAGGCUCCAGCGAUGGUGGUGCAAGGCGACGGAGUGCCAAGUCUCCAGGGAGCAGGAGCCGUCAGAAAGGGAUGCGGAGAGGCGGGAGCUUGUUCAGCACACCCAAAAAGAAAGUAAAUCCCAUUGAAGAUGAUCUUAUCUUCAGAGUCGGAACUAAAGGAAGAAAUAAAGGUGAAUUUACCAACCUCCAGGGUGUAGCCGCCUCAGCAGGAAGUAUCCUGAUUGCAGACAGUAAUAAUCAGUGUGUGCAGAUCUUCUCCAAUGAGGGUGAGUUUCAGAGCAGGUUUGGAGUUCGUGGUCGUUCCCCAGGGCAGCUGCAGAGGCCCACUGGUGUCGCUGUGCAUCCAAAUGGUGACAUCAUCAUUGCUGACUAUGAUAACAAGUGGGUUAGCAUCUUCUCCAGUGAUGGCAAAUACAAGGCAAAGCUGGGGUCUGGCAGGCUGAUGGGUCCGAAGGGCGUCUCUGUGGAUCAGAACGGUCACGUGAUUGUGGUGGACAACAAGGCCUGCAUGGUGUUCAUCUUCCAGCCCAGUGGGAAACUUGUGACAAAGUUUGGCAGCAGAGGAAACGGUGACAAACAAUUUGCAGGACCCCAUUUUGCUGCAGUCAACAAUAAUAAUGAAAUAAUUGUCACUGACUUUCACAACCACUCUGUUAAGGUGUUCAGUGCUGAAGGCGAGUUCCUGCUCAAAUUCGGCUCAAACGGUGAAGGUAACGGUCAGUUUAACGCUCCCACGGGCGUGGCGGUGGACGUUAACGGGAACAUCAUCGUAGCGGACUGGGGAAACAGUCGCAUACAGGUGUUUGAUGGAAGCGGGUCUUUUCUGUCCUACAUCAACACGGCAGCGGAUCCCCUCUACGGGCCGCAGGGUCUCGCCCUGACCUCCGACGGCCAUGUGGUCGUGGCUGACUCGGGCAACCACUGCUUUAAGGUGUACCGUUACCUUCAGUGAUCCAGCGCUUCAUCUCCUGCAGAUCAUCACGCUUACUCUCCUCUGCUAAUUACGGCUGCGUCCUGGGUGGAAUGGAUCGGUGCGUCUUGAAUAUUUAUUGUCAGUGCUGUCUGUGAACGUUUGGGAGAGCUGAGGCUCAUGCAGGUAACGUGUGGUCACGUUUAGCUUCCAGAUUUGGUUCAGUUUACAUCAGUGUAUUGUUUUUAUUUCUUUUAGUUUAGGUGAGGUGAACUUUGACCUCACUGUUUGACUGUCAGAGUCCUUUCAGACCCCAAAAACAUGUGGUUCAUCUACUGCUCUGUGGAGGUGAAGGUGUAUUUUUGAGCAUAAACCCUUAAUCAGUGUACUCCAGCGUUAUUCUACAGGUCAGCCCCAACCGUAAACCCUUUGCGUCUCUGAGGUUACAACAUGACGCACUUUCACUCAUCAGCCGCCCAAAGCCGGAUAUUUGCUGCUCUGUGGUCGAGUUUUCUGAGACCUGACGCGCAUGUGUUUGGGAUUUGAACCUGAAAAGUCCAUUUGCUCGCUUCCGCUCGAGUGAACCUGAGUUCUGCUUCGUGCAUGUGAACAACUUUACACAGAAUCUCAGCAAACUUCUCCAUCACCGUUCUCUACGACUGAUUUAACCACAAUAUUUAAAGAUUUCUGCAUAAAGAACUUCACGUGUUUAAUUCGUGCUGCACGUUAAAGCGUAUCCCUGAUGGUCAUGUGGUCCAUCGCGCAGUGAUUUCAGUGCACUUAGUGAAUAAAAUGAUGUAGAGAAUUUAUUAGUUCAUGGAGUUUGAUUUCUGUUAUUAGACCACAGAAGUUAAAGAGCUCUAAAAGUAGAUCCGUAACACCACCACACGCUCUCGUCUCGCCUUCUUAUAGGACUUUACUAGCAAAUAUCAGGCGUCUAUUUUUAUUUAAAAAAUAUUUAAAAGAAAAAAAGUCUAUAUUUAUGUAUUUAUCUUGAUUAAGAUUUCAAAGAAAAGUGGAAAUGUGGUCAGUUUUGUUUUCCAGUUUGUUGCAGGAUGUAAAUCAAUAGUUCUCUCUUUGGCCAGUAGGUGGCGUAAUAAAGCUGUGUAAUUUGGUCAAUAUUUCUGCUCUACAUCCAUCUGUAUAAACGGCAUGUUUUAACAAACUCGUAAUAACAGAAGCGCAGCUUCUCAACACGUCUCCAUGGCGAUAGCGCUGACAUCAUUUUAUUUUCUGUUAUCUUUUGUUAUGUUUAAAUCCUGCGUUUUUAUUUUGUUCAGAUUGACUGAAUGUUCUACAGUUUUAUUUGUACUGAAUAAAUAAAUCUAGGAAUGUUAUAUUUACUGGAUGAUUUUUAAAAUUUAAAUUGAAUGUUCAUGUUCUGUAAAAAAAAGACAAAAAGCUUUAACGUUAUUUUUACCACAAACCAAAUUAAUUUCUCUUUCAGCCGCUUCAUUGAGGUUUGCUUGUUUACAGUUUAAAGCUUUGAUUUAUAAUGUCGGUGUGGAUGUAGUCAUGAUGCUGAAUAACAUUAAAAUAUUAUUAAU